CGGGGCGUCGACGCCAGCUAAGCGUAUAAAAAGGUGAGGCGAGCGGAGUGAAGGCGAGGUUAUUUUUCUUUUCACGUUUUCUUAAAGCCAACAUUGAAAGAUGGUCCAACAAGGCAACAAAAGUUGCCCAAAAGACGGUCGUCUGCUAAAGGCUGGACAUCCCCCCGCUGUGAAGGCUGGAGGCAAGCGAGUGGCCAAGAAAGGCUUGGAAGAGGCCAGCAGCAACCAUGGGACUUCGGAGAAGGAAACCAAGAGGCCUGACAAACCCAGGGCUGUCUCCAGUGCCAACAGGAUGCAACAAGUGGGUCUUCUUCUGGCUGGAACUCUUGACAAGUUGAGCCACGGCUUUCCCGAGACGCCCGUGAGUGUGCGGCACAGCAGAGUGCAACCCGCUGUGGAGAAGCUCCACUCUCCUCGGACUUUCAGCAUCCAGCAGCCCAGGAAGUUCUGAAGGAUGUAUUGUAGUGUGCUUGUCUUCAACUGUUUACACUUUUGAGGGAAGAAAAAUCUAUUCUCUUGAAAUACUAAAAAUAGCUUUUGUGCUGUGCUCUACUUUUUUUCUUUAGUUGCUGUUUCAUGUUUUUGUCUGUCAAAUGAGGUUUUGAUGUUUAAAAUGUUGAAUCUUUUAUUUCAACAUCUUUGUACUGCUUGGUGUGCUGCAUGUUUAGUAAUAAAAAAAAUGAUUCUGAGAUUUAGUUUUUGCAAUAAUUGACAAUGAGCAGUACGUGGUGAUGAAUACAGGAGUCUUGAAUUUACAACAGAUUAUUACAGUUGUUUAGCGAUUGUAAUCAAAUAUGUAGACGUAAAAAGCCUUGUGAGCGAGUUUCUAAGGCUGCUCAAUAGAUUAAGAGUGGCGUUUACCAAAAUGAAGGAGUUUACUGCACAACACACAGAACGCCACUAGACGGCAGUAUUACCUUGCAAAAACCUCCUUUCCCUCUCCAAUAGAAGUUUGACUUUAGAUUUAUUAUGCAGUGUUUAUUAAAACCGUUGCGCAGCGUCGCCGAACUGAU